AUGAAUGGCACGACUAAUGGUGUGGGCACACAUGGCCCGGUUAGCAACACCCUCCCGGCGUCCUGGUACCGCGAGGAAGGAAUGUACGAAUUGGAAAAACGUGCCAUCUUCUCCAAACAAUGGCUCUGUGUCUCCCAUUCUCUGAGAUUCCAAGAAAUCGGGGAGUUUGUGAAUUUUGAGAUCGCUGGCUACAAAUUCUUCGUCAUUCGCGACCGACAGAAUGAACUGAAGGCUUUCUUGAAUAUAUGUCGGCACAGAGCAUAUCCCGUGAUUGAGAAGCAAAGCGGUCAGGGUGGGAAGAUUAGUAUUCUAGCAUGCAAGUACCAUGGAUGGUCUUAUGGUCUAUCCGGCAAUCUCGCAAAGGCACCGCGUUUCGAGACGGUGGAGAACUUCGACCGGUCUCGAUAUUCGCUGUAUGGUGUUCAUGUGCGGACUGAUAGACUCGGCUUCGUCUGGGUUAAUCUCGAUGCUGCUGACCCACCAACAGUCGCUUGGGAAGAUCAUUUCGCAAAGGUUGACGAGCAGCCACGCCAGAAAGACUUUAGUAUGGAGGACUUUAAAUUUGACCAUGCAUGGGAGAUGGAGGGCGAGUACAACUGGAAGGCUAUGGUAGACAAUUAUAACGAGUGUUACCAUUGCACAACUGCACACCCAGGCAUUCUGGCAACCACAAAACUCGACACUUACGAUGUCAAGGGUAUCAGAGCCUGGAUUGAACACUAUUCGGAGCCGCUGGAUAGUGUUGAACACAAGUACGGAGUGCAGCCUACUUACUUCUUCCCCAACGCUGCCAUAUUGAUAUCCGAUGGGAUAACUUAUCUCACUCGGUUCGCACCAAACUCCGCAACCUCACUCAAGCUGGAAUAUGAGGUCUAUCGGCACAGAUCGUGCUCUGAUCAAGACUUCGAAACCAUGAAUCCCUUUUUCAAGCAGGUCGAAAAGGAGGAUCUCGAGCUCUGUAACGCGGUGCAGCGCAAUCUCAAUAUGGACACAUAUGUCAAGGGACCACUACAUCCGCACAACGAGAAGGGGGUCAUCUAUUUCAAGAAUCUUGUGAGGGAGUUCCUGCACAAACAUAUGGAGGAAGAGCAACAAGCUGGGCGAAAGAUCUAUCCCGCUCGGAGGGACGAUGACAGCCAAGAGAUCGCGGCUGAAGAGGCCUUCUGUCGCCUUGCCUGCGAUGGGAUCGGAGCAAAAGCAGUUCCCGAGUGGUAG